GAGGCUCUAACCACCGUCAGGUAAGCCCUCCGUUUCUAUGACAACUGGACACAGCUCAGAGGAAGAAGUCAGGAUCCAGUAAUUCAGAUUUUCCUUUGAGGCUCCCUCGGUCAGAAUCCAACAUCUCUACUAGCUGCUGAACCACAGUUUGCAUUGAGUCCCAAACCUGAAGUUAACUACAACUGAUCAGGAGCUCCAAGGCUUCUUGAAGUAUUUCUCAGAAUCAGAUGCUCAGAGGACAUUGAAGUCCUUUUUGUUGCUUAAUUUCCCUCUGGAGCAGACUGGCUAAUAUUAAGUUAGUCAGUUUAGACUAAAGCAGAUUAAAAAAAAUGUUUAAUGGAUAGUGUGUAUGCUUAGUUUUUAAAUGUAGUGUAAAAACUUGGACCAAGUAGUGCACCAUAACUCUAAAUGUUAGCUCAGUCUUGUUAAACAGCUACAAAAGUGUUUAAACAUGGCCACCAGUGCCAACAUGGAAGCAGCAGACAUCAUUGUUGUAGUAAUCUACUUCAUCCUGGUGCUAGCAAUUGGCUUCCUGGCAAUGCGGAAAGCCAAUCGUAGCACGGUAAGUGGCUACUUCCUGGCUGGUCGCUCCAUGAACUGGGCAGCUGUGGGAUCGUCUCUCUUUGUCAGCAACAUAGGAAGUGAACAUUUCAUUGGAUUGGCUGGAUCAGGUGCUGCUAGCGGGUUCAGCGUGGCUGCGUGGGAGUUUAACGCAAUACUACUGCUCCAGUUGUUAGGCUGGGUGUUUAUUCCAGUAUACAUCAAGAGUGGAGUUUACACAAUGCCAGAGUAUCUAUCGAAACGAUACGGAGGGAGGCGCCUGAAGGUGUAUUUUGCUGCUCUGUCUCUUGUGCUUUACAUCUUCACCAAGUUGUCCGUGGACCUCUACGCUGGGGCCCUGUUCAUCCAGGAAUCUUUAGGGUGGAACCUCUAUCUAUCAGUUAUCUUGCUCAUUGCCAUGACGGCUUUGCUGACAAUAACUGGAGGUUUGGUUGCCGUUAUCUACACUGACACAAUCCAGGCAUUCCUCAUGAUUACAGGAGCACUCUGUCUCACUGGCCUAAGCCUCUUCAAAGUUGGAGGAUUUAAAGGGUUAAGAACCAGGUACAUGGAGGCUAUACCUGACAUCACUGCCAUCUCAUUGACUUAUCCCAAUCUAACGUAUUCUGAAUCCUGUCAACACCAUGUCAUCCCAAAGCCAGAUGCUUUAAAGAUCUUGCGAGGUUCAACAGAUCCAGACCUUCCAUGGCCUGGUUUCUUACUGGGUCAGACUCCAGCAUCAAUUUGGUACUGGUGUGCAGACCAAGUGAUUGUACAGCGAGUUCUGGCAGCAAAGGACAUUUGUCAUGCCAAAGGGUCGACCAUCAUGGCGGGCUUUCUCAAAAUCCUUCCCAUGUUCAUCAUUGUUAUCCCAGGGAUGAUUUCCAGGAUCUUCUUUGCUGAUGAGUUGGCAUGUAUCAGUCCAGAGCACUGCAUGGAAGUCUGUGGUUCUGCAGCCGGCUGUAGCAACAUGGCGUACCCACGCCUCGUAAUGUCAGUGAUGCCUGUGGGUCUCCGUGGGUUGAUGAUGGCUGUUAUGAUUGCUGCUCUGAUGAGUGAUUUGGACUCUAUCUUCAACUCUGCAAGCACCAUAUUCACACUGGAUAUUUAUAAGAUGCUGAGAAAGCCGGCGUCAUCUAAAGAGCUGGUGAUAGUUGGCAGGCUGUUUGUUGUAUUCAUGGUGAUCAUAAGUAUUGCCUGGGUGCCAGUCAUUAUUGAGAUGCAGGGAGGUCAGAUGUUCUAUUACAUCCAAGAGGUAUCAGAUUAUCUAACUCCUCCUGUUGCAGCUCUUUUUUUGCUUGGUGUCCUGUGGCGUCGUUGUAAUGAAAUCGGUGCCUUUUGGGGCGGAAUGGUAGGAUUUGCCCUGGGAGCGCUGCGUUUGAUUUUAGCAUUUGUUUACCGAGAACCACACUGCGAUCAGCCUGAUGAGCGUCCAUCUUUCAUCAAAGACGUCCAUUUCAUGUAUGUAGCAGCUUUCUUGUUUUGGAUAUCAGCUUUGGUGACUGUCGUUGUUAGUCUCUGCACUUCUCCACCCAGAAAAGAACAAAUCCGGACAACUACUCUGUGGGGGCUGAACAAGAGAAAGAAGGCAAUUAAGCAAGAAACAGACAAAGGUAGGGGAGUUAUAAAUACUUUAAAGCUUAUAAAUCAUGCAACCAUGAAUGGCAAUGUUGUUGGUGAUGAGCAGUGUCAUGACCACACAAUAGAGCUCAAUGGCUCUAUUGCUCUAUCAAGCAAUAAUAAUAGUAUCGAAGCCCAUCCAGUCCAAAAUGGUUCCUACAAGCCGAUAUCUGACUCCACAUUGUUAGAAGAAGAAGAAGAAAGGAGAAGAGUAUGCAAACAGGAAGGAGACAAGGAGGACUGUUUUGGAGGAGGAGAAGGAGUAGAGGGUGGAAGAUGUAUGAAAGCUUUAGAUUGGUUUUGCGGGCUCCAAGAAAAACCAUCUAAAGCUCAGGUCAUUACGGUUCAAGAAGAGGAGGCGAUUGUGGAUAAGCUUCUUUAUGAAUCGCCAAGAAAUAGAAUCAUAUUAAAUAUCGGACUGAUGGUGAUUUGCUCUACUGGGCUCUUUCUUUUUGCCUAUUUCUCCUUAUAGGCUGAGACAUUUACAAACAAUAAUAUUGUGAGCAAAAAAUGUUGAUUUCUUUUAGAUGUUUUUGUCAAAUUGAAUUAAGUAAUUUUGUAAUUCAGUUCAAUAGUUUUAUUUGUAUAGCGGCAAUUUAUAGAGACAAAUCAAUUCAUUGUCAUCCAAUCAGUAUUCAUACAAGUACAUUCAUGAUCAUUUUUUUAAAUAGAGCCAAAACAUUUUCAUGCCAGGGGUCAGAAACUUCAUGAAAAUAGUUCUGAAUAGUUUUUUAUUAUCAGAGCAAUUCAUAGGAACAUAGGCUGAAUAGAAAAGUUUUGACCUGGAUUAAUAAACAUUUGACAAUCAUCAAUUUUCUUUCUUUCUUUUUUUUUCCUUUAAUAAAUGCAUAAAAGAGCAGCAGGGGAAAAUACAAAAAAUCAGGUAAUAGAAAUAGUCAAGUCAAAUUUAUUUGUAAAGAACAUUUAAAAAACACCUCAGUUGUCCAAAGUUGUGUACAAGACAGAACAAAUAAAUUCCCUAAGGAAUGUUUACUAGUGGACAUUUGCUCUUCAGGUGAACAAUUUCCCUGCAUGCAAAGAGAACAAACUCAGUUGUGAUUCAUCAGCACUGGUUGAACUUCAAGCAGAAUAAAAAAUAACAAAGCUUCCGGUAACAAAACGCAUAUUUCUAUGCAGGUAUCUGUUUAUGACCUAGUAAGACAUUCACUGUUGUACGAGUCACCUGAGGUCAUUGGGACAAGCCUAGUGUUUUGUUUACUACCAAAUAAGAUUUAACUGGAUAAAGUGUUUGAGAGUUCCUGUGAUAUGUAUGCUAUCAUGUUAGCAUAUAACGGCUGUAACAUGUUAGCCUGUCUCAGCAGUCAAAACAGCAGUCCCAUGUUAGCAUGUCUUAGCAGUGCUAUACUAACAUGUUCUAUGUCUUAGCAGUCAUAUACUAACACGUUAACAUGUAACAGCAGUCAUAUGUUAUCAUGUAACUGCAGUCUAACAUGUUAACAUUUAACAGCAAUCAUAUGCUAACGUGUUAGCAUGUAACAGCAUAACAUGUUGGCAUGUAACAGCAGCCACAUGCUAACAUUUUAGCAUGUAACAGCAGUGAACGACAAGUAAACAGAUCAUUAUUUUCACAGACAUAAGACACAAAGGCCCGUUUAACAGAUUGUUUUUGUUGUGAAACUGAUAAAUUCUUGAGCUAGUCUGAGUAAGAAUGUGGAGGGUAAUUAUUGUGAGCAAGCUUUUUUAUUGUAUAGCGUGCAAAAUUUAAAUCUUAUUAUAUGUUUAACCUUUACUUUUCAAUCAAUAAUGUAUUUGAAUGAUACUUUUUUUUAGUUGUUUUUUUUUCUUUAUCAUUUUACCACAUUCAUUUGAUGAUGUAUAUGUGCUAAUGCUCAAAUAAAAACCUGUUUUAACUGUUAAAACAGGAGUUUGUUCAAAUUUACUGAGACUUUGUCUCUUUUUUUUCCUUCUUUUUUUAUCACUUAAACCUACAUUGCAGAACAUGAAUGGUGUGUACUCAAUACAUUUUGACUAAAAGCUGAUGACUGUGAUGGAGGGACUCGGACCCAGACUAUAGACCUUUUUUUGUUUGUUUGUUUGUUUGUUUCUGUU